AUGGAUGGCCAAAGGCAGCAACAAUAUGUCCCGGGUCCGCCCCCUUCAGCUACCCAGCCCCAAGGACACAUGAUGACACUACCGCCUCCUCCACCUCGAUACCCUCCAGCGCAACCCCAGGGUGUCGUACCUCCUCCGCCACCCGGGCCACCUCCUGGAACAGGAUAUGGCGCUUCCAAGCUCACGAAUCCCCAAAUGCCACCUCAAAGCGCCCUUGGGUGGUCUAAUUGGAAUGGGCGAGGGAUUCCCCAGUACCUUCCGCCGCCUCCCCCACCUCCGAUGACGCACACUAGCCAGUCGUCCUUCACUCGUCCGUCAGCUCUCCAAAAUAUCAGCGGCACAUCUGCAACCUACGUUCCACAGCCUGGCACAUUCGGCCCGGGAGUUGGAAUACCUGGUUUCGAUUUGCACUCACUUCCGUCAUAUGAUACGUCGGGGACUUUGAUGGCUAAUGAUAGACCACGACCACCGGUGACCCCGUCAUAUGGACAUCCCAGUGUUGAUUCUUCUGUCUUCAAGAGAGACGUAGGCAUUCCGCCUACCCCAUCAACUCGAAAUAUCUCUUCCUCCCACGACAACGCCCAUGAUAUGGUCUCUUCUGGGAUGGCUACAGCAACUGUUUUGAACACUGUGCCCCAAAAUGUGCCCCAAGCGAAUGACUUGACGAAGUCUUCUAGCCAUCGCCAUAAAGACAGUAGUACUGCUGUUGGAGGUAUGUCAGCUAGUGAAGCUGCUGUGCAGUGGCCUUUGGAUAGGGUACUACUGUGGCUCGCCAAGAACGGGUUUUCCAAUGAAUGGCAGGAAGCUUUUAAAGCACUAGAACUUGAAGGAGCUGAUUUUUUGGAAUUGGGUUACGGACAGAACGGAAGGCCUAACCUGGGUAAAUUACACAAUGUUAUCUACCCUCAGCUUGCCAAGGAGUGCGAGGUUAGCGGAACGAUAUGGGAUUUGGCUCGUGAACGAGAGGAAGGGAAGCGCAUGCGCAAAUUGAUCCGUCUAAUCCAUGGUGACACAGGUGCUGAUAGCGGCGUCCCUUUUCAAAGGCAUCGCGAAUCGGAGGAUGUCCAGGCCAACGUUCCUGAGGAACCCCCCGAGCUUUCCCCUAAUAUCACACAUGUGCCGGCUUCUCCAGGACCUACUGCGGCGGAUCUUUCUAAUAGCCCUAAUCUCAAAGCACCCAAGCUUGCUUACAACCAUAGGAAUAGCGUGCAGAUGCGCUCCUUCACAACGCCCGUACCCAGCAGUCAUGAUAAUGGGCCCCCGGAUCUUGCGAUGAAUGAUGGGAAUACAUUUUUGUCUCGGUCGGAUUUCUCACGGAAUGUGUUGGGUAACAUUGGGAGCGAUUAUCAACGGAAAAGCCCUUCACUUUCUAGUGAGAAUGGAAUCUUUGCAAUUCCUCCUGUCCGACAAUACGAAGAUAGUCCCCAAAGCGGAAGCCCGGCCACACAGCAUGCUACCUUGUAUCCGGGCCCAUCUUCAUCCACAAGCGAUUUGAAUAAAUCUGGACAUUCUCGCGUCAACAGUGCAGAGUCAAGCCGUCGGUACUAUGAAACAUAUAAGCAAGAAAGCUCUCGCGCCUCACCACAAGAAAUAUCUAGUCGCCAGUUUGGUGGAGAAAAUGCUUCAUCUUAUCCAAGGGAUCACCGCAUGGGAUUCCUCAAUUUCUUCAAGAAGAAGACAGCAAAGGCCGGCGAUCCCAGCUUCCCAUCUCCUGAGGAUCAAUUCCCCGAGUCCCCAACAAUCUAUGAUAAACACCAUUUUAAUAACAGCGAUAUUUCCGUGAAUGAACGGCCGUCUUCUGCCUCUACGUCAGAUCAUGAAAAACUCACGUUACGGACUAAACCCGCCUACAAAAACAAAAAGUUCAUAUUUGCAACUACUGAUGGCUGGACCUAUCGCCUGAUUGACACAACCGACAUUGACUCGGUGGAGACACUCCGUGCUGUUAUUUGCCAAAACCUUGCCAUCCAUGACUGGCCUGAUGCCCAGAUUUUCUUGACGGAACCUGGACUCAUGGAUCACGAAGACCCUUUGAACGACACCUACCUGACCCUUUGCCAGAGAACGAAAUCAGACUCAGUUGGCUCUCUUAAACUGUUUGUUAAGGGCCCACAGGUGCGACCUGGAGUAAAUAACUCUCCUAAGUAUGCAGGCCUUGGGGUCACGUUCUCGGAUAAGCCUACCCUCUCUCCUACAUCUGUCACGGUUCCCCGGAAACCGUUGGAUGGGGAAGCUCUUAGUAGGAUUACCUCACAUAAUCAGGCAAAGUCUACUUCUCCACAACAAUUCAGGGCCCCUGCUGUGAAAUCCCCCAGUAACCCUCAAAUGCCCGCUGGAACAUCUCCAGUAGAUGGUGAAGCGGAGACAGCCCAUCAAGAGGAUCUCAAACGUGAAGCUGACCGUAAGCAACAAAAGUCCUACCGUAUACCCUCAACAGUACCACCCAGACAGGAUGCCUAUAGCGAGACCGGUUACCGUCGUAAGGAGGUUAUCAAUUUCGACAAACCUCGUGUAUCUCCUUACGAAGACAAGAAGCCUGAGAUGCUUGUUCCUUUCCGCAAGCCACCUUCAGCGCCUCAGGAGUCUCAAAUGCUUACCAAAGUCAAUUCGCUUAGAAAGAAAGACUCUGAUCGCCCUCGUCUUCACCACACCCCAAACCAGCCACCUGGCAUUAAACAAAUGUUGGCUGAUAUGGGAAGGAUGACCGGCUCUAUUGGGAAGCCUCCGUCAACACCUAACUCUGCGAUUACUACGACUCCAGAUGAGCCCCGAAGUGCAUUUGACUUGACACUGGAACAAAGUAAUCACGGCACACCAUCCCUUGACGAUUCCAGCUACUCACCUGGAAAUGCUACCGUCUCCUCCACGAUGUCUAAAUCGACAAACCAGUCUAGGAAAUCUUACGGACCGGAGUUUGACUUUGAAGAGACGGAGGUCUCUUUCCAACGCUCACCUGUACCGCAGGAGGAUUCUGAUAAUGAUUCAGAUGAUGGGUUGUUUGCAAUCCCAUUAGUAAACACCAAAACACCGACGAAGGGCAACGCAAGCGUCCCAGGUUCCCCCGAAGCCCAGAAUCGCCCAAGAAAACCAUCGCUUACGGUGAAUACUGGAACAAAGCUGCGAACAGGGCUAUCUGUCAGCUUUAGAUCUCCCAGCGCCAGUCGAGAGACAUUUGCUAGCUCGGUUGGUGAUGCUAGUGGUCGGGGGGCACCUUUCUUCGAUAUGUCUGCUUCACCAGAAGAAGAAAAGCCUCCAAUGCGAAGAGACUCCUUUGCUCGAGGUGAUAUUUGGGCGAGUCGUCCCCCAGUUGAGGGAGUUAUUGACAACCUGGACGACUUCUUCCCUUACAUUGAUCUCGAUGCUCCUUACCUAGAUGGGCAGGGCACAUCGCCACCGACCUCCCCUGCAAGCAGGACCGCGAUCAACACUGAUUUGAGCCACAAAGAAAAACAAGAUGGACCGCCUUAUAGCAUGCCACCCCAUCCAGGCCCGGUUGACGGUAUUGUUGGAUCAACAGAGCCAACAAUGAAACCACAAGAAAAGGGAGUUGUUGCCCGCAGGAACAUCAACCGUUCUGGCGGCGGCCUCACUCGCAUGAAAUCGAUUCGAGAAGUUGCCAAGGGUGCCAACCAAGCCAGUAGGAACCGUAGCGUUGUCGCAUCGUCUGGAAAUCAAAAAAUGGGACCGCACCGUCGCAAGAGCACCAAAAUGUUUGGAGCAAAGAUUAUGCAAAUCAGCCCGAAGCCUGGCAGCCGUCUCAGCCAACUUGAUCCGAUUCCUCAAAAUAGCACACCUUCAGGUUCAAUACCCCAGAGACAGCCUACCUUCCGCAUCGUGCGCGGUCGACUUAUCGGUAAGGGAACUUACGGUAGAGUGUAUCUCGGAAUGAAUGCCGAUACUGGUGAAGUUUUGGCAGUCAAACAGGUGGAGAUCAACCCAAGAAUUGCCGGGCAAGACAAAGAUCGAAUCAAGGAGAUGGUUGCUGCGAUGGACCAAGAAAUUGAUACAAUGCAGCACCUUGAACAUCCCAAUAUUGUGCAAUACCUUGGAUGUGAACGAGGAGAAUUUUCAAUCUCAAUAUAUCUGGAGUAUAUUUCCGGUGGUUCAGUUGGAAGCUGUCUUCGAAAACAUGGAAAGUUCGAGGAGAGUGUGGUCAAGUCCCUUACGCGACAAACUCUAGAAGGCUUAUCAUACCUCCACCACCAAGGAAUCCUUCAUCGUGAUCUGAAAGCGGACAAUAUCCUUUUGGAUGUGGAUGGAACUUGCAAGAUCUCCGACUUUGGCAUUUCGAAAAAGACAGAUAACAUCUAUGGAAAUGAUUCCUCAAACUCCAUGCAAGGGUCAGUAUUCUGGAUGGCACCAGAGGUUAUCCAGUCUCAAGGACAGGGUUACAGUGCCAAGGUGGAUAUUUGGUCUCUUGGAUGCGUGGUGCUCGAAAUGUUCGCUGGCCGUCGACCCUGGAGCAAAGAAGAGGCUAUCGGUGCUAUAUACAAACUCGGAAGUCUGAGCCAGGCACCUCCAAUCCCAGAAGACGUUUCUAUGAAUAUCAGCCCGGCCGCGCUCGCCUUUAUGUGGGACUGCUUCACUGUGUAA